AUGAGUGCAGCAGGAGGGACUUGGAUUGUGGCAGCUAGUAUUGGAGCAGUCGAAACAUUUAAAGACCAAUUAGGAAUUUGCAGAUGGAACUACAGUAUAAGGUCUCUGGAAGCACAAGCCAAGAAAAGUUUAGGAUCACUUGCUAAGGCCAAGUUCCUCUCUUCUUCUAAUUCUUCAGUCACGUCAACGAUGGUACUUGAUAAGGUUGGAAAUGUUGAGAUGAAGGAAUCGGAGCAAUAUGCAGAGAAAAUUAUGCAUUUGAGCUGUUGGGGUCCCAAUACAAUAAGGUUUUAA